UCCUUUUAACUCUCAAUGGAACAAAGCGCCGUGCCAAAGCCACUAAACGACGGACACAGACAGGAAUUGUCAAAUCAACCCCAGAUAAACACAAUCUCCGGAAACUAUGAGAUACUGAAAGUUCUGGGACAGGGUUGCUAUGGACAGGUCGUCAAAUGUUUUAAGCGGGACACUAAAGAGACUGUGGCUGUGAAGGUCUUAAAACAAAGGUAUUCACUGUACAAAGACAAAAGGGAGGUGUCCAUGCUGGAUAAACUCAGAUGUUUGGACCCUGAUAAGUCCAACAUCGUCAGAUGCCACGAAUGGUUCCACAGGACCGACCACACCUUCAUGGAUAUGAGCCUCCAUGAACACAUGUACCAGAAAAAAACAGUCCCCUUUGCCUUUAAAUGGCAUGAGAACCCUCAUCAAAGAUGUAAGGAUACCAGACAGAACGUAGAGUUUGAAGCUCCCAUCAGUUUUCCACUCUGGCACAUCCACAAUCUGACUUCACUUGCAGGUGGCCACAGCAUUAAAUGCAAUGAAGGGUGUUGGACUGAUCCAUACGGAUUUGAAACCAGACAACAUCAUGCUGGUGAAUCACCAGAAAAGGCCAUUCAGGGUGAAGCUCAUUGA